GUGAACCAUUGGGGGGAACGGGAGAGUCGGCCGCUCGCAUCCGUGCGUAAGAUCCGGCCUGGGGGAAAGGGAUGAAUGUUAAUUUCAAAGAUGGCGGCGGAGGGAGGAGGGAAGGAGAUGAACGAAAUUAAAACUCAGUUCACCACUCGGGAAGGCGUCUACAAACUCCUCACUCACUCCGAAUACAGCCGUCCUAACAGGGUGCCUUUCAAUUCACAAGGCUCCAACCCCGUCAAGGUCUCUUUCGUGAACGUCAACGACCAGUCGGGCAACGGCGACAGGAUCUGUUUCAAUGUGGGCCGUGAGCUCUACUUCUACAUCUACAAAGGCGUUAGAAAGGCCGCUGACUUGAGCAAGCCCAUAGACAAGCGCAUUUACAAGGGAACGCAGCCCACGUGUCAUGACUUCAACCACCUCACAGCUACAGCAGAGAGCGUGUCCUUGCUGGUGGGUUUCUCAGCAGGACAGGUACAGCUUAUUGACCCUAUCAAGAAGGAGACAAGCAAGCUCUUCAAUGAGGAGAGAUUAAUAGACAAGUCCAGAGUAACAUGUGUGAAAUGGGUGCCAGGCUCAGAGAGUCUGUUUCUAGUGUCUCAUGCCAGUGGGAAUAUGUACCUGUACAAUGUGGAGCAUACCUGCGGCACCACAGCGCCACACUACCAGCUACUCAAACAGGGAGAGAAUUACUCUGUGCACACUUGCAAGAGUAAAUCCACGAGGAACCCUCUCCUUAAAUGGACUGUAGGAGAGGGAGCUCUGAAUGAGUUUGCCUUCUCUCCGGAUGGGAAGUUCCUCGCCUGUGUAAGCCAAGACGGCUUCCUACGGGUGUUCAACUUUGAUGCUGUUGAGCUUCACGGCACCAUGAAGAGCUAUUUUGGUGGUUUGUUGUGCGUGUGCUGGAGCCCUGAUGGAAAAUAUAUAGUUGCGGGUGGAGAGGACGAUCUAGUGACUGUGUGGUCGUUCUUGGACUGCAGGGUCAUUGCUCGAGGUCACGGCCACAAGUCGUGGGUGAGUGUGGUGGCUUUUGACCAUUACACCACUAGUGUGGAGGAGAGCGACCCGAUGGAGUUCAGUGGCAGCGAUGAGGACUUCCAGGAUCAGAUGAUCCAUUUUGGACGAGACCGGGCCAACAGUACACAGUCUCGACUUUCCAAGCGUAACUCCACAGACAGCCGGCCUGUUAGUGUUACAUACCGGUUUGGCUCAGUGGGGCAGGACACUCAGCUGUGCCUAUGGGACCUCACCGAGGACAUCCUUUUCCCGCAUCUUCCCCUCUCACGGACACGGACACAUACUAACGUGAUGAAUGCUACCAGCCCUCCUGCGGGUGCUACAAUAAUCACUAACACCUCUAGUAACACUACUAAUGGAAAUAACAGUGGUGCCAAUACUCCUGGCAUUAACUCCAUCGCUACUACUUUACCACGUUCCAACAGCCUUCCCCAUUCUGCUGGCACCACAACAACGACGGCAAACAAUACCAACAAAGCCAGCAGUGGCGGUGGAAUCAGUAGUGGUAUUAUGGACAGCGCCAUCGCUACAGGUGUGAGUAAGUUUGCCACGCUGUCACUCCAUGAUCGGAAGGAGCGGCACCACGAGAAGGACCACAAACGCAACCACAGCAUGGGUCACAUCAGCAGCAAGAGCAGUGACAAGCUCAACCUGCUGACAAAAACCAAAACAGACCCUGCCAAGACUCUGGGCACUCUGCUGUGCCCGCGCAUGGAGGACGUGCCCCUCCUCGAGCCCCUCAUCUGUAAAAAAAUAGCACACGAGAGACUGACUGUACUCAUAUUUUUAGAGGACUGUUUAGUGACUGCUUGUCAGGAGGGAUUUAUUUGCACAUGGGCGAGGCCAGGCAAAGUGGGUUUAUUGUCAUCCCAAAACCAAGCCAGCUCUCCCAGUGGAACAGUAGUAUAGCCACAAUAUUUCUGCUGCUAAAGAACCCUGCAACCCAGAGUCUGAUGCUGCUCUUCACCCUGCAAGCAUUGCAAGUUUUCCUUUUCUUUUCUACCCCUCCCUCUCCCAGUUUUGUUAAUGGCUUUUCUGUUGUUUUUUUUUUGUUUUAUCACUCACUCGACCUAGAGGAGGAAUGGAACAGGAAAAGGUGUGGUGCAAUUGUGGACUAUUGUGCUUUUGUUCUCGAGUUUUAAUACAUUUUAGAUUUUUUUUUUUUUUUUAAAUCUUUUUUUGUUUGUGUGUGUGUGUGUGUGUGUUUGCGUGUGCGCGCGCGUCUAAUCUCAUUAGGCUUUUCUGGAAUUAAUGCUUGGCUUUGUUAGAUGCAAACCAGACAACUGUGGCUUGAGACUAAAGGGAUAGUUCAUUUAAUUUUCAUAAUCAUCUCUUUUUUUAUUUUAAUGUUGUCAUUUAACCCAACUCUGGGUUACUGACUAAAACUGAACUUUAGAAGAACUAUCCUUUUAUGACCAAGUGCGUAAGCAUCUGAAAUUUUUGCAUCCAUCCACAUUCACCCACCACUUCUCUUUUCUUGAAUAGAAUCUCCCCGUUGAUGACUUUGCACUGAUUUUUGUUAGCUACUUUGUCGUUUUUUUGUUUUAUAACUUCUCUAAUGGAACAAAAAAAGAGAGUUGAGGAUUGCCUUGUUCCACUUGGCUUUACCAUCCUCAGUCUUGAAAUCUGAAUCUAUAUAGCUGGAUGCUGCAAUCAUAGUCUUUUUAAAGAAAAAAAAAAGGUUUGCACUUAAAUUAGUUUAUAGAAGAAUAUGGCUUUACAUUUUUUGGGUGUGCUCAGAACUCACAGAUGGCUAACAGUAGGUCAAGAAAAUGAUAAAAAAUACAAUUAAAACCUUUAUCUAUUGAGCAUUUAUUUUAAUAUUAUUUCAGAUUUAAAUCUGCUCUGUAUCAUAAUGUGUAUAUUGUAAUUAAUUGAUUUGAUGGGGGCCUAAGCAAACUACCAUUACUCCAGUGGAAGUUUUGUCAUUGAUAGUUAUAUUUCUAAAGCCUAAAGUAUACAUAUUAAUAAUAUUAAAAUAAUCUUGAAUACA